AUGGUUACUCCUGAGGAGAAACGGAUAAAUCGUUACAUCUGGGGUCUGGCACCAGAAUUUCGGGGAAUGGUUACCUCAGCAAACCCAUCUACUAUUCAGAGUGCAGUAAGUCUAGCAAAUCGACUAACCAAUGAUGCAAUAAGGAUUAGAGCAUCGACAAAGGAAAACUCUAGUAGCAAGAGGAAGCCAGUAGAUCAGGGAGAGAAGAAGUAUGGAGGCAAGUCAGGGAGGAAGCAGAAAGUCUCAAGAAACUUUAUGGUAAGAGCCCAGGAGCAAGAACCAGUGAAAACUCAGGAACAGGAAGUCAUGGAAGUGCAGGAGCGAAAGCAGUACUCAGGACCGCUUCCGAAGUGCAAUAAGUGUAACUUCCAUCACAAGGGAGCUUGCCCAGUGUGCCAAAACUGUAAACAAACAGGCCAUUACUCGAAGUAUUGUAAGUUGAAUAAGGAGGGAAAAGGGGCAUGUUACGAGUGCGGCAGUACUGAUCAUCUCCGUAGAGCAUGUCCCAAACUGAACAAGGGGCCUGGUAUCAAUGGACAAGGCCAAGCCAGGCAAAACUUCCAAGGAAAUCAAGGUGGACGGCCAAGAGGUGUAGCCUUUAUGAUUGGUGCAGAAGAAGCUCGUUAG